GUUUUUUUUUUUGGUCUCUGCCGCUGUGGCAACACUAUUUAAGUAAUUAUUUCAGAUUAAAACAAAAAGCGCAAUGUUAACAUUAAUUGCAUAUUAAAAACGUGCUGGCCAGUAAAAUUCCUCAUUGUUAAUAACAGUAGAUUAGAUGCGCCAGCGACACAAGGAGAAGGCAACAGCUGCAGGUGCAAUUUCUUGAGAAUCCGAAGGCAAAAUGCAUAAAUGCUGCAUACAGACACAACAGGCCACGCUUACAAAGUCCACCACCAGCAUUGUUGAGACAGUUUACAGCAAGAAGAAGAUUGGCAGUAUUUGUAACGGUAUUGGCAAUAGCAUUAUGUCCAGUUGCCACAAUAAUGAUGGUGAUGAUGAUCAUAGUGCUGAUGAUGCCAUCUGUCCCGUAGUCAUAACAGAGGCCACACGGGCCCACAUUAGGCGUCGCGUUCGCACCGCCUUCGAUUUCUUUGACCAAACUUUGAUGCUCUACAAAAUCGUUCAGCUAAUAUUUUGCUUCAAUGGCGGCAAGGAUUGCACAGUGCUGCUCGAUCUGCUGAUGCGCUACUGCCAGGAGCAGAACAUCGACAGCGGCCAGAUACCGAUGCUCUAUAUUGAGUCGGACGAUUCUUUUGAGGAGAUCGAUGACUUUGUCAAGCACUGUGUGAAUCGCUACAAGGUGAAGCUCAUCAAAUACAAGGACUCACUGAAAGUGGCGCUCACCCAGAUGACGCAGGACCUGCCGCUCAUCAAGGCUGUCUUUGUCGGCAGCCGAAACACGGAUCCCUAUUGUGGCAAUCUGAAAGCCAUGCAGAAAACGGACAGCGAUUGGCCGGAUAUGAUGCGAUUGAAUCCCUUGCUGGAAUGGAGCUAUCAUGACAUCUGGCACUAUAUACACAUGUAUAAGGUGCCCUACUGCAGUUUGUAUUCUCGCGGCUAUACAUCGAUUGGCUACAAGUCCAACACCUUCCAAAAUCCGCAUUUGCUCUGCACCGAGUGUGCUAUGGUUGUAGAUGCUGCAGCUGCGCCAACAUCCGAUGCUAUCGCCACACCUUGCUACAGGCCCGCCUGGGAGCUGGUCGAUCCCACAACGGAACGGGCCGGACGACGCAGUCACAAAUAGUCGCUAACAAUUUAGUUAAUAAUA